AUGGAAUGUGGGAGCAGCCCAGAGGUUUGGGCCAUAGCUUCGAAAGAUAUGUCCACAUUGGGGUGUGCAGCAGCAAGCAACAACGACAAUGCCUGUCCAGAGGGCUAUGAAGAUAUUUUUGACACAAACCAUUAA